UUUUUCCUUCUCUAAUUUUCCUCCUGAACGGUAGCUUUUUUUUUUUUUUUUUCCAUUAAAACGACGCCACCUAGAGGAGACUAUUUCGUAAAUAAAAAAAAAAAAAAAGAAAUUAAAAUUGAAAAAAAAAAAAAAAAGAGGAAAUAUUUUGCUAUUUUUUAUUUUUCAAGAAAGUUGGGACCGGGGUGCGACUCGGGGCCGGGGUCCCCCCGCCGCGGUCCCCGGGUGCCCCCGGCUCGCCUCGCAAAUUUCAGUUCUGUGCCUUAGGAGGCAAAGCCCAGCUCAUAUGUAAAUGAAAAUUAAGCUGGAAUUUGAAUGAAUUCAGGUUUUUCCCCCACCAUCCCUUUUUCUGGAGGAAAACGGAGCCUGGGAGCAGCAGAGUGCUUGGAAAUGAAAGUAAUUCAAGUUUGAGGUGGGCAGCCCAGGAUGAGCCGCAGUGAAAUGAUGAGUUUGGGAAAGUGGGAGAAUUGCUGUUUCGGAGCAAUUAUGAAUUGUACUUCAUUGUAAUUUUGAACUUGUGCAGCACGCUGUACCAAAUAGAAUUUUUCCUCUGUUUUUUUUUGCUGCGGUGCUUAAAGUUAUUUGUUCCAAAUGAGGAUUUUUUGCAGGAAAAUCAGAGCAUCGAAAAAUUUGCUGUGGACACACCCAAAUUUUUUUUUGUAUUUUUUAUUUUUUUUUGGGUGAUUUUUGGAUUUCAUGCAAAACUGCCCUGAAACAAUGAGGUUCUAAACACAGGCCAGGAAAACACCAGGACAAGCAAAAUGAAGAGUGGGAUGGCAGUUUUAAUUUUGAAUUUCUUGUCUUUUCUGAUGGUUUCUUCCGGCAUAAUUAAAAUAGAGUUUCCACAUCUGAUUUCCCACUUCUUUUGUAAAGAAGAAAAUUUCCAUAGAAGGGUUUUUAGUGUUUUUCCUUCUCUUUUUUAAACACACUGUAACAACUCCGGAUACUGUGGAUCACAGAAACCCAGUAUUUACACAGCUUUAUGAUAAGGUCCGCCAUGAUAUUAGAAAUAUGCAUAAUUAACAAUAUUGUGAAAAAAUAAGUGCAGAUUUUGAUUUUAUUUUUUUAAACCGAUACAACUUCAGUGCAUUUAAAGGGCUCAGCCAUGAUAUUUUCACAAUUUCAAAAUCCUUUUUUUCUCCUUGAUUCUCACUAUAAAGCUGGAAUUGAAUUGAAAAAAUCUUGUUUUUCCUAAUUUUGUUCAGGUUUUGUUGCUUGCCUUAAACGCUGCGGCGUUGCUGUUAUUUUGUUGUUACGGGGGCCCGUGAGUGCGGGACUGUGCACACACCGGUGUAUUAUUUUAGGGUUGCCCUUGAAUCCUGGGGUCUUGGUAUUGAUCUUUUUCAAACUAAAUAACAAAAGAGCACCGAAACACGCAUUGUUUCAAGAAAGAAGAAAAGCAAUAGGAGGAGAGAGACACGGCCUUUCCACCCAAAACUGGGGGAGGGAGAGGAAGGGGAAGAUUAGGUCAACAUUGAGUUUUACCAACCUUGACACAGUCUCCUCUCUAAAAUGGGGACAAAAUAGCAAGAUGGCUGGCUCCACAGCUGCAGCACUUGGGUUUCUUUUUAUUGCCUUUUAUUUUUGCUUUAUAAAAAAGGCGAUUUUGGGUUUGGACCUCGGAAGUGCGUUUCCAGACGCCCGCGGGCAAACGCCCAAAUCCAGGCGCUGAAAUUAAAUUUCAAUCCGGAAUGAAUUUUUCAAUCUGAAUCUCAAACCCUGAAAAGUUGUGGGUUUUUUUUUUUUUUGGUUUUCUGUUUUGAUUUGAUUUCAACAUAACUUCAUAUUUGCUGGAAAUUAAGCAGGAGUGACUGGUGAAUUCAGAAUUCGGGGGGUGUUUUUCACUUCCCCCCCACACCCCUUGAUUUCUUUCACAUUUUGGGUUGAUCGAAGUGGGGGGGAGAUGGAAAAAAUUUGCCAAGCAGGAUAACUCCUGGGUGGAGGAGAAAAUAGUCUGAAAUGUCAACUUCAUAUUCUUAUUUUUGCAUUUAUCCCCCCCCACCCCCCCAGAGGACCCACCCUCUUCCUGAACCUCUUUUCUAGCGAAUAAUGAAGCGAGUAGCACGGUGACGGAGCAGCAGUGGUGCAGUUAGAGCUGGGUGGCACAUCUGGGUAAAAAAUGACACACAAUGCUCUAAAUUGGAUUAACCAGUCCUGGAGAAUAUUUUAUUCAUGGUUUUAUCCAGGAAGCUUUAACGUGGUGGCUUUUCCAUAUUAUUCUACUCCAAGAAUCCCCAUCUUUGAGCUGCACCCCGUAACUUUCACUUACUCGGAUUAUACCCAGAGAAACUGUUUGGCUGUCAUUUUUAUAUAUUUUUUAAUGGUUUCCUACAUUUUUCUCCAAACAGAGAUGUUGUGAUGCUGCUUUUUCUCUCCCCGCCCCACACCCUCACCCUGAGACCUGGGGAGCGACACCGUGGCCAUGGGGUGGUGGGGGCACCGAUGGGUGCCACAUUUUAAUUACAAAUAACACCAUAUAUUCCAUUUUGGCUCACAGUGAUAUCUUUAAAGUUUAUCAUGCUUUCCUAAAAAAAACCCAGGAAUUGGAACUCGAAAGGCCCUCGUUUCUAUCUGGUUUAACCUGUUUCCAGCCGUUGUGGGAAUAAGUGAAUUUUCUGUGGGUAGCAGCAGUGGGUUUGCACGUCGCACGGCUCUGCAGGGAUGAGGACGCGGUGCUGUGGCGCUCGGCUGCGAGUUGUGGGGAUGCUGUCAUGCCGUAGGUGUGCGUACCGCAACCUUUACCAUCUUUAACUCUGUGUAGAUCAGUUUCUUUUAAACAACGGCUUCCAUGAUCCGUUCCUCCGGCAAGGAGAAGCCACGCUCGAGGUUAUAAUGUGUUUCUGAAUCUAACCUUCCUUUGCACCCGUGUCCUUCGAGGGGAAACCUCCUCCUGCUUGAAAAUUUAUUUAGUUUGGUAAUAUUUUGCAUCGCAGUCUGUUUUCAGGAGUAUCCAUUUGUUUAUUUAUUAGUUAUUUAUUUCUGGGAAAGUUGAUCAAUAUUUAUCAUUUUACAAAUUGCUCUUUGGCAGCCUGGGAGGGGGAGAAAGGGAGCCUGAUGGAGCGAUACCGAUAGAUUCCUUGUGAUAGAACUGAGAUGAAAAGGAUGAAAAUAGACAUAAUAUUAUUAAAGUAGUAGAUAAUAUUUACGCGAACGCCAUAUAAAACGUGAUGGCGCUAUUUGUGUAACUCCAGAAUAAUUUAAAUAUAUAUCAGUGCCGCGAUGCAACGCUGUGAGUAGUUCAGUUCGCGGGUGCAGUCGCGUGGCCCCCGCGAUGCACAAGUCGAGUUUGCAGUAAUGCGAGUGCGGUCGUGAAAUUAGCAUUCUAAAAAUGAGAUUAAUUUAUGUUUUAUUUCGGGUUGAAACCUGCGCUGAUGCGGAUUCAGGAUUUGCGCCGAUUCUUUGGAUGGCACCCGUGGGCAUCCCUCUCAUUUUGGGAACUCCACGGUGCGGGUUUAUCCGUGGAGGGGAGCGCGUGGCCGCCCGAGCUGGGGGUUUGGUGGGACUCCGUUUGUACGUGAAGCGUGUCGCAUCCACCGAAGGGUUUCGUGGAUCCCGCCGUGACCUGCUGGCGUUGCCCAGUUCAUGCCCAGAUCCACAGGGGCAAUUAUUCUCAUGCUGGGGGCUGCGAGACGGGCAGGGGGCCCGCGGUCCUGGAGCUGCCCAUGGAGAGCGCUCUGGUCAGAGGUGCCAUUCACAGGAUUAGUUUGUACAUAACGGGCCAAGCGGGGAGCGAAAGAGGAUGGCGAGCGUGACUGGAGGCUGUGGUUGGUUUUUGGUCGGGAGAUACUUAUUUCCUCUAAUUUCUAAAUUUAUGAGCAUCUAGCAUUACGUAUAUUUAGAAUUUCACGUUUACGGAUUCAGUUUGGCCAUACUGUGUUUUCUGGGGAAGAAGUUUCUAAUUUUUAGCGGUCUUUUAUGGAUUAAUUGCUAGUCAUCUGCCUCCUUUUUGCUUUUGUUUGGUUCCUUGAAUGUCUCUUGAUUAUUUGGUACUAUGUGACGCCAAUUUAGUGGUUAACUAGUAUGCAAACUACAUCUGGACGUGUUGACUUUGCAUUAACAAUCAUUGAUUUGUCUGGAGCAAGGGAAUAGAAAUGAAUGACGCUGUUUACCAUGGAUAGUAUGUGAAAAAUAACCAUUUGCGAUGUGUCUUUCAUCAGCGGCGCAGGGCUGUGGUGUAACUUGUCACAGCGGCUGUUGUGCGAGAGCUGAAUUGUUAAGCCCCGGCACCAGGAGUGGGAAGAGGGAGCAGGGAGGGAGGCGGCACGUGGGGUGCGGUGAAGGCGUUGAGCACGUGCCCUGCGUGGGAGAGACACAGGACGUGGUUACCCCGGUUGGCGCUGGUGAGAGUGGGGUGAAGUUGUAGCGCAAAGGGAAUGGAAAUAGAUUUAUAUAUAUAUAAUAUGCAGCAUGUAAAUAAAGAGGGCUUUUCAUUUGGGGACAUAAUCAAAAAUUUAAUGAUCAUAAAUAAUGAGUUGCUGGGUGGCUUCGGUGGCAGCUGGUUCUCCACAAAGCCGGUGGCCGCGGCAGCGUGUUUGGCUCUGGCUGGAGCAGCAUCUGGUUCCUCCCAUCCCCGCCGGCUCCUGGGGAAGCUGAGAUGCACCUGUAGCUGCUGCACGUUCUGGCGAGUCCUGGGAUGGAUCAUUGCUACAUGCUCGUGUCUUAAGAAGAAGGGAAGGGAUGGAGGAGAUGCCCUUUCUGUGGAGCAGGUCGCUUUCCAAGGCUGACGAGAGCAACAGCAGUGGGCGGAGGAGCUCGUCCAGCAGGGAGUGUUUGAAGAGGAGCCCACGGAGCCCGAAAGCAGAGGGCUCCGAUUCGGCGACAUCUCAGUCCUCACCCAGUGAAGAGGCUGGAAUGAUGACUGAGGUGAAGGUGAAAACAGAGGUACCAGAUGACUACAUCGAAGAGGUGAUCUGGCAAGAUGACACCAAAGAUUCCAAGAAGAACAUAAAAGACGGGCCGGGAGAUGUUCCCGCGGAGAUCUGUGUGGUCAUAGGUGGGGUCCGCAACCAGCAGACGCUCGAUGGAAAAGCAUUGGAACGUGGCUCUCCCGUUGGAUACACGCGAAAUCGAUAUUCAGGGACCUGGAUUUUUGACCAUGCAUUGAGAUACACGUCCGGGUCUUACGAGUGCGGAAUAUGUGGGAAGAAAUACAAGUAUUACAACUGUUUCCAGACCCACGUGCGAGCGCAUCGAGACACUGAAGCUGCCUCAGGUGAAGGAGCCUCACAAGGCAGUGCCCCUCUGGCUGCUGAAAGGGAGAAGAAGCCUCUCUCCAGAGCUGUCUUUGUGCUGCCCCGGGUGGAAGCCACAGAAGCAAACAAUUUUAGGUACACAUGUGACAUUUGUGGGAAAAAAUAUAAAUAUUAUAGCUGCUUCCAAGAACACAGAGACCUACAUGCCGUGGAUGUUUUUAGUGUGGAAGGGGCCCCAGAAAACCGGGCAGACCCCUAUGACCAGGCUGUCAUAGCAGCAGAUGAAGUGAAGGAGGAGGAGCCGGAACCCUUCCAGAAGAUUGGUCCAAAAACUGGCAAUUACACCUGUGAAUUCUGUGGCAAGCAGUACAAAUACUACACUCCCUACCAAGAACACGUGGCGCUGCACGCACCCAUCAAGUUCUCUCGAUCUCCACUCUUCGUGGCAGUGAAGACACAGGCGAGCCAGUCCAGCAAAAAGUCACCGGCUUCAAUAAACCGAUGUUCUACCCUCCUGCACCGCACCCCCUCCGGUGUCCCACCGGCGUCCCAGUCCCAGAUGUUCCGCGCUCCAAAUUCUGGAUCCCCAGGAAGCAAGGCCAUUACAGCAGAAAGUGCUUUCAGCAGGAGAGUGGAAGGCAAAGCGCAGAACAACUUUGAAGAAACAAACAGCAACUCCCAGAACUCCAGCGCUGUUCAUUCGGGGACAGAAAAACCUAAAGAAAAGCGAUGUAAGCAGAAUCCAUCAGAGCCUUACACCUGUGGAGCUUGUGGAAUCCAGUUCCAGUUUUAUAACAAUCUCCUGGAGCACAUGCAGUCCCAUGCAGCUGACAACGAGAACAACAUUGCCUCCAGCCAGCCCCGAUCACCUCUAGCCGUCGUUGAAGAAAAGUGGAAACCACAGCUCCAAAGAAAUAACGCCAACAACACGUCCACGAGCGGUUCGGUAGGGAACAGCGCGAUCCCGGAGAAGGAGCGGCAGAACAUUGCCGAGAGGCUCCUGAGGGUGAUGUGCACUGACCUCGGGGCUCUGAGCGUGGUGAGCGGGAAGGAAUUCAUCAAGCUAGCGCAGACCCUGGUCGAUAGCGGAGCUCGCUACGGUGCCUUCUCUGUCACCGAAAUCCUUGGCAAUUUCAACACACUGGCUCUGAAGCAUUUGCCUCGGAUGUACAACCAAGUGAAGGUGAAGGUCACCUGCGCCCUGGGCAGCAAUGCUUGCCUUGGCAUCGGUGUCACUUGCCACUCGCAGAGCAUUGGCCCCGAUUCUUGCUACAUCUUGACAGCUUACCAGGUGGAAGGCAACCACAUCAAGAGUUACGUCCUGGGAAUUAAGGGCGUAGAUAUUCGCGAUAAUGGUGAUUUUAUCCACCACUGGGUACAGAACGUGCUGUCGGAGUUUGUGAUGUCAGAGAUCAGGACGGUGUACGUGACAGACUGCAAAGUCAACUCCUCUGCGUUCUCCAAGGCAGGCAUGUGCUUGCGUUGUUCGGCCUGUGCCUUGAACUCGGUAGUGCAGAGUGUGCUGAACAAGCGAACACUACAGGCUCGCAACAUGCACGAAGUGAUCGAGCUCCUGAAUGUCUGUGAAGAUCUGGCGGGAUCCACAGGCCUCUCGAAGGAGACCUUUGGCUCCCUGGAAGAGACCUCUCCUCCGCCCUGCUGGAACUCGGUCACCGACUCCCUCCUGCUCGUCCACGAGCGCUACGAGCAGAUCUGCGAGUUCUACAGCAGGGCCAAGAAGAUGAACCUCAUCCAAAACCUGAACAAACACCUGCUCAGCAACCUGGCGGCCAUCUUGGCGCCGGUCAAGCAGGCGGUGAUUGAGUUGAGCAACGAGAGCCGGCCCACCUUGCAGCUGGUCUUGCCCACCUACGUCAAACUGGAGAAACUGUUCACUUCCAAAGCUAACGAUGCUGGCGUGGUCAGCAAACUCUGCCACCUCUUCUUGGAGGCGCUGAAGGAGAACUUCAAAGUUCAUUCGGCACACAAGGUAGCCAUGAUCUUAGACCCUCAGCAGAAGCUGCGGCCCGUCCCACCAUACCAGCACGAAGAGAUCAUCGGCAAGGUCUGUGAGCUGAUCAACGAGGUGAAAGAGUCCUGGGCAGAAGAAACAGAAUUUGAACCUUCAACCAAGAAGCCUCGGGCAGCAGGGGAAGCCACAGCAGCUCAGGAAGAAGAUUGGUUCGGGAAAAAUGAAGUCUAUGAUUAUUUGCAAGAACCUCUCUUCCAGGCCACCCCUGACCUGUUUCAGUACUGGUCGUGUGUUACCCAAAAGCAUACAAAACUAGCCAAGCUAGCCUUUUGGCUCUUAGCAGUGCCUGCUGUUGGUGCCAGAAGCGAAUGUGUAAAUAUGUGUGAGCAGGCUCUCUUAAUCAAAAGGAGACGACUACUCAGUCCAGAAGACAUGAACAAACUCAUGUUUUUGAAGUCCAACAUGCUUUAAGACUGUCUUUUAAUUAAAACAAAACUUUAAAACACUGUUCCAAACAAAGAAAAAGAAUUUUAAGUUCUAAACACUGUGGACCUCAUUAUGAAUGCCCCUGGAAACCAAGUGCUUUUUUAUAUAUAUAUAAAAAUAUAAAUAUAUAUAAAAUUAAGUUUGAAAGGAAAGCUGAGCACGUGAGAGACACGGCCCUCUGCCAGAACGUGCUCCUUUCCAUAGAUAGUGUGUGGACUUGACAGACUUUCUAAUGUUUUCAAGUGGGCAGACCAAUGGGAGGCUGAUGUUCUAAAGUCUUCAGGCAGCUGAGAUCUAAAGUGACUUGAAGUUUCUUUUGUUCCUCCUCCACCCCACCUUUCCUCCCGUCCCCUGGGCCAUCUUCCCAUGGAUAAUCAGACUACAGUGAACAGACCAGUUCUGCACUGGCCUUUGCUCCUCUGAAGAGCUGUACACCUUGAGGGCGUUUGUCUGCAUGUUAUCAGGGCAGCUGUGUUUCAUGAACACACCGUUACCUUUACAAAUCAGGAAGGGAGACUUUAAAGGGGUUUUUUAAUUUUAUUUGUAACUUUUUCUUAUACAUUUUUUCCAAAAGUUACACUGCUGUCUCCACUCCCAGUUUUGGGUUCAUCAUGUUAACUAGGGAUGUAAAGUUUUAUUUAAAACUAAGAGAAAUGGUUCGUUGCAGAAAACGUCUGUUACAUUUCUUGGAUUGAUUUUUUUCCAGCAUAACUUCUUUUCUCAAUUCCCAAUGUUGAUCAGCUUCUCUGUGAAUUUUGCCAGUCGGGGCUUCUCAAACUUGUUCUGGAGUAGCCCAUUUACAAUUUAAUAAUAUCCUUAUGGGAACCACAGCAGUUGCUUUUAUGGAAAAGCUAAAAACCAGGCAAAUGAAGCGAGUGGUGAUAGCACAGGUGUCUCUGGGCCACCAGCAAGCUCGCCAGGCUCUGCCGGCUGCCAUUGAGAACCCUCGUACCUAAACCUGCUGCAAAAAGGUUUCUCAGUGCACGCACUCAGAACAACCCUCCCAAGGCCAAGGACAAACCAAGGUGUAUGAUUUUCAGGGGAACAAAGAUCAGUUUUGUCAAACUGGGGUUUGAAGGAAGCUUAAAGAAGUGCAUGGGCUCAAAAAUCCUUCUGAAUGUAAGUGCUCCUGAUUGAGUGCAAAGAAUAUCUUCCCGUUUUAUUUCGAAUGGUUCCUCUAGUAGCACGAAUGUCUUUUUAAUACCUACAGUGCAUUACACUACUUGUUACGUUGCCGAGUCAUUCUGGCUAGGAAGGCCACGGGCCCUUGAGCGUUCACACUUACUGGCUCACCCCAAAUGCAAUUAGAGAUCAUCGUAACCCAGAAACACCUCAGUCACUCUGCUGUCCCCCCAGCCAGGGCUCCGCUGUGUCUGGUGCCCAUCAGCACAGCUCAGGGGCUGCCGGACGGGAUCUCUGCAGGCUGUCAGGUUCGGACAAUUCCCAACUGCUGGUGCCAAACUGUUAAUUUUUCAUCACUGGGACUUGUAUCCUGGAGGCAAAUUGAAGCAAAUUCUCAUUUUUGCAGUUGUCUCUCCUGCUUGCAGCAGUGUGCUCCAGAGCUGCCGUCCCAGGGGCCGCAGCAGCGUCGGGGGUUCGGGAGGAAGGACUCGCUCGGCUCCGAGCAGGCUGGAGCCCUUCGGCAGCGCUGGGUGUUCGCUGGUUGCUGACGAUGCGGUGGUGAGACCGGGACUCUCUUAUAAGUGCUGCUCUUAAACAGGUGUUAAACCAAGAUCCCACCUGCUCAUCUCUGGUUGUAGUGAAAGUUGCAGGUCCCAAGACAUGAGAAAUGGCAAAUCUUAUCUCUCAGGCUUUGUGUUCAGAUGCCUUGAACCUGACAGGCUCUACCUGACAGCUUCACUGCCGUGGGCUCAGCCAGGGGCACAGUUUGUGUGCUGGAAACCUUCUCUAGGUCAAGGUUACUGAGGGUGGCUCUUUGCACCCUUUUCAGCCUGGAGACGACCUACUAGCUUUGGUCUAGCACUUGUGUUGACCUCUCGGCACCGUUACUGGCAUCAGGGCAAAACCAGUUGUCUCCUAAAUGUCAGUUUUGCAUGUAGACAUGGUCUGCAACCCACGGGCAGCUGCAGGGGCACUGGAAUUUGAGCAGCCAAGGCGGAGGCACUUGGGCAUCUGAUUUCUCUGGCAGUGGCUUUGGCAACUGGAGGUGUUGGUUGUAGGGCCAGCUUCUCCUCUUCCUGGUUUUAUUUUCUCCCAUACAAACCCUGCUUGCCCGGCUACUAGUUGGGUCCAUCUGUUUGCACUUCUAGUGCAGGAGAAACCAGUAACAACCAAUAACUAAGUCUCCAACUACAAACAAAAAACCCAAGUGAGAUGUGUGCCGGUAACAGAGCGUUUGUGCUGUGCUGCUGUUCCCACUGAAAAGCACAAGGUAUUCUGCGGAGAGAAAACUCGGCAUCUGUGAAUCCAAAGCAAGAUUAACUUCUGAGGCUGCAGAGCGUGCACCGUGCAGCUCAGCUGAUGGGCAGGAUGGGGACAGGGUUUGUAGUUUUUUCUCCUGAUGGCACAUUACCCCUUUUUGCUUGGUUUACCUGAGACGUCGGGAGACACUCACGAGUUCCCUGAUGCUCAGGCAGACGUGUAGAACACUCGCACUCCUUUGGAAAGAAAGCCUCAAACCCUAACCCUCCUUUGCUAAGGGACAGGUUGGCAACUUCUGUGGGAUUUGCUAACUCAGGCUUGUUGUGUUGUCUCUCUGCAAGGCAUUAAGGGUGGGACAAAGCAGAGUUACUGGAGGUUUAAAGCCCUGGAAUUGAGAAUGAGGUAGAAUUGCGGUCAUUCAUGCAGCCGUUUGAUGCCAGGCUGUGCACAGAGGUUGGCUGGACCUGGUUACAGACCCAGGUUGUGCGAAUGGGGAGGACACAGCCACCCCAAAUCCCAGCCUGUCUCCCCUAACCCUGUCUGCAGUCUGGUUUUGGUUGUGGUUUUCUUGCUGGGACAGCCAAAUAGACUGACUGGCCCCGUCUCCCAUCCGAGUACCUGCCCCUGCACCACAACUGUGGUUAUAGUUGCACUAGUGAUGGAUGUUAAGCAAACAUACAGCGUUGUCUGGUAGAUGCGAUUCUCCCAAAGACUUAAAAACUCAGCUUAGCAGCUGAAAAAGCAAAGUAAAUCCCUAAGCCCUAAAAUGGCACGAUCUGGAAAGUCAGUGAGAAGAGGAGCUGGUUGGCCAGCCCCCUUUGCAAGUCUGUGGAAGGAGCCGCAGCUCUUCCCGAGUCUUAGACGUGGUUACAGGGUGUUCUGCUCGAGCUGUUCCUGCUGUGUCUGCUCACUGCCCGACUUCUGUGUGGUUAACUUAAUGCUGCUUUAAAAGGAGAGAAGCACAUCUGGAGCACAUGUAUUUACCCUAAAUGCUUUUGCUCCUGUUUCUCCUUCCCUCUUCAAGACUUGGAUUUGCAUUCUAGGGAUCAUGGAUACUUUACCAAGGUCUCAAUUCUGGAAGCUUUUAAUUUGCCAGGUUAGUCCAACCCAAGCUCUUCUGUGAUUCUGUUCUGCGAUUGCCUCGGUGGUUUGGAGCAGCACUGGUGGUGGACAACCAGAGGGGAAGAGGCUCUGCUAGUUUGGCCAGAGCUGCCAUGAGGUCCUGCUCCCUUUGAGCUGGGAGGAGAGCUCCUCAGAGCUGGGAUCAUCCUCUGGUAGGUCACGUUGGGAAUUUGCCUUCUGCUUGUUGCCUUUACUUGUGCUGGAGAAAUGUGUUGGGAUAAAAAAUGGUGUAUGUGUCCUCCAGGCAUUCCUUUUGUAUCUGCCAACCUUGCAGACUUCUCUUGCUGACUUCACAGUUUGCUUUGGGGGGUUAUGAUCUUCAGGUGGGGAGCAAGCACCAACAGGAGACAAACUGUCUUCCAGUCCUGUCUGAAGAUCCUUGUUACUAGAAAACUGAGAAAGUGGGAUACAGAGGCAGAGCUCUUUGAAACAGAAGGUUGUUUCUGAGUGAGUAUGGCAGCCAGAGGGUCAGUGGAGAACACGGGGCCCAGAGUUGUCCCCUGUCUGUCUCUUCUCGCCGUGUCUCUAGCAGCUGAUAGCAGUUGUGCUCUCCCUUCAAGAGAGGCUCGGUAUCUUGCACCUGGGUUGUUUUCAGAUGGAAGUAAACUUGUUAAAGCUCUGUGUCUGUUCUAAGAAAACUGAUUUGGUUGUGUUUGAACUAGUGCAAUCUGGAGAACUUUCUGUUAAAGCCAACCAUGGGCUCAGGUUUUGUCUAAUAUGUCUGUUAAUUGCUGGUUAAACCAGUUUAACUUAGAUUGGUUUAAGCAUCAACCACCUGCACUGGUGUAACUGCGCUUGCUGGGUGUUCUCCCACUGGUCAGAGAACGUCCCCAAGCAGCUCAGGGAGUCGUGACCCUUCCAUGGAUUUUGCAAAUGAAGUUGUGGCAGAUACUCUCAAAGCUCGGGAAUCACUGAAAGUAGAGGGGAGACACUUCUAAAAGUUGCUUGAGCUCUAAAUUGCGGUAUCUGAGUUAAUACAGCGUUGAGAUGUCUCAGGUUGGCUGGUUGGGUUUUCACCGACUGCUCGCAAUAACAUGAAAGGUUUGGCGUGAGAAGAAAUGAUGUAUGUUCACCUUGGUGGGUGAGUCCCCUCCACCUCGCCUGCUCUGAGGGACCUUUUCCACCUUCCAGAUCCCGCGGUAGCCGCGUCAGGGCAACGUGUUGCACAGGAGCAGGGCGACUGAGACUCGGUGCCGCUUGGAGAACGCCGUGUGGAUUUCCAGGCAGCACCAAGUUACGGUAAAUCAAAAGACAAUAAAAAGGCAGCCAAAAAGUUACUCAAAGGCUGGGAGCGCUGCGUUGUGCUGAGGAAGGGCUGAUCUCUAAUUGCAUCUCUCUGGCUGAAGGAGGAGAGGAGCUCCCGUGGGCAUUCAGAGGGAGCACACGCAGGAGGGGGCGAGGUGUUGCCUAUGGAACAAUUAGAAGUAAUGGGAUGAAAAUGAACAAAAAGACACUAAAGGCAGGUUCUGGGAAACCUUUACAGUGAGGAGAAAUCUGUUCAUCUGGGAGGAGUCUGUUACGGGAGCGUUUUUUGAGCCCAGGCCGCACAGCUGCACGGAGCACACUCCUUAGGGCACAGGCUGCGUUGGGCCUUGCCAAGAGAAACGCAGCUGAGCAAUGAUUCCUGCGUGUCGAGUCCCGUCCUGCCCCGUGGGUCCAGGAGGGUUCACAGAGCAUCUUCCUCUGCGUCCUCCUCGCCACCGGCACCAGACCCCUCCCAGCACUCCAGUACGUACAUGAACCAGGUUUCAGAAAGGAGGGAGGUGGCUGAUGGGCAGAAGGGGCAGAGGAGCAAACACCAGUUGAGGAGCAAACGUCUUGUCAGCCCUUACAGUGCCAAGGUGGACAAAUCGGGGUGGGGGAGAGUAUUCAAUGUUUUGCUGCUUCUGCUGUGCAUUUUCUGCGCUACACCAUGAUCUUGGAUCAGUUGGGAAUACCCCGAGACACUGGCUGAGACUCCAGGUCCUGUGUCAGGUACUUGACGAUGUCGCCCCGUAGCAAUAAGAGCUCCCUUUUCCCAGCGCGGGGCCUGUCCCCACGCCACGGGCUGUCACCUCCCGGGGGCCUCUGGAAACAUUACUGAGCAAAACGAGCAGUAGUGAAGAUCCGGAGAGGUAAAGCCAAGCACAGCUCCGAGUCAAAUGCCUCGUUAGUCCUGUGGGAUAGUGUGCUUAUGCUAGGCCAGAAAUGGUGAACCAAUGAGAGUGUAUUGCCCUGAAAUUUAAUUUUAUAUAUUGAAUGUUUGAGGGAUUUCUGUUUAAUUUUGGUUUCUGUUUGGCUGGUUAGUUGGGUUUUUUACUACUCCUUUGUUUUAUAACUUGACGGAAGAGUUUUGCUCACAUUAGACAACAGUGUAGACCCUUUAGGGUUAAUGACCUGUAGGCAGCUGAGUUUGAAUUUUUUAGAAUAGCUCCUGGAAUGGGUCACAGAAACGGCUCAUGGAUGCACAACAGCGACCACUGACUGAAGGAUUCUCUCCCUUCCCAUCGCUGGCGCGUCCCUGGCAGUGGUGAGCGUGUCCGGUACCGGGUGAGCGGCGCAGCCUUAACGAGACGAGUAUCCGGCAGUGAGUUGAUGAGAACAGGCAUGUCAAACCCUUGCUUUUUACAACCAAAGUUCCUUAAAAAGACACUCCCAGCCUCAUCAGCGCUUGUUUUCAGUCUUUGGGGGGUUCUUGUGGCGGUCUCUGCAAUGGCUGUGUAUUCUGGAAGGUGCAACAGCCUUAGAAGCUGUUUUCCACAGUCCCUUUGAACUCAUUGGGACUUUAAUUUUAUUGGUUUUGUAAUUAUUUAAAAGGAAAACUGAUAGCGGAUGAACUGAAGCAUUGGUGACAGGUGACUAGCCAAGGCUGUCGGUCCAGGAGGAACACACAGCGUCCAGAGGGCAGGACUCCGGUCCGCGCCGUAGCCAGAACGUGUCGUGCCGACAAACUGAACCGUCAGGAGAUCCUUGUUUGCAGCCAGUCCGAAAAGAGAAGCUGUUCCUCCUUCCUAUGUUCAUUUUUCCAAACCUCCCGUUGGGAGCUGAAUUCUUGUUGUUUCAUCAAGCAAACAAUUAACGUUCUCCUCUCCCUCCUCCCCACCCCUCCCCUCGGUGACUCGUGUGCGUUUCCUUCCUUUCUGUAGAUGCAGAUGUUCUAGGCAAUACCACAGAUGCACCUGCGUGUGUCUCUACCUGCGAGUGCAAGAAUCUCAUGUCAUCUUAAAAAAUACAAAAAAAAAAUAUACAAAAAAUAUACAAAAAAUAUCUUUUUUAGGCCAGAGUUUUCUACAGGUAUUAAUGAAUAUUUUUCUUAAUCCUUAUAAGUUUUAUGUGUUUAAUAUUUCUUAAUACCGGUAGCAUUAAUUUAUACUUUUGUAGCAACACAAUAUUUUUAUAAACCGCCACCGCUGGCUUUGUCUUCAUAACGGGGAAAAGUGCGGGCAGCUGGCCCCGCGCUGAACCAUGUACUGUAUUUAAAAGGUUAUCUAAUGUCACACUUGCUGUGUUAAUAAACAAAACAAAACCUGUUUGAAGUCUCAUGUAUUGUUGGUGUGGAUCGAAUGACUCAAUAGAGAGCAAUAUUGCACGGGGUUGAGUUGCUGAUUUUCGUUGUGAUAUAUGAACGCUUGAGGCCAACUCAAGUUCUUCUGGUUUUCUUUUUAGGAUUUUGUUUUGUUUCGUUUCGGUUUUUUUUUACAGCUAAAUAAAUUCAGUGCUGUUUGAAACUUAGACUGACGUCAAAUGAAAAGGAUUAUUAAAGAAAAAAUAAAUCAAGGUGUUUAAAUGUUGCUGUUUUUACAAGUCUGUUGCUGUCUGAAUGGAAAUAUUCCACAAGAGAGGAGGAAUAGUUCCACUUAGUUUCCAAACGAGCUGAGCGCUCCGGGCUCAGUUAUUUGGAGAUAACUUAGAGACAUGUUUCUGCAACAUUCUUUUCAGAGUUGAUGCCAAGGCAGAAGACAAACUGUAACUGUAAGAGAGCAUCCGUUGCUUGAGGAUUUUCAUGUCAGUGUUGUAUUUAUGGUUUUACAAUAAAACAACCUUUAGGAAAAAAAAA